CAACAUGAUGUCACUGUGACCAUAAAAAAACGCAUAUAUACGAGAAAAGAGCUCGAUUCGUUUCAAAUCCGUCGAAGGUAUAGCGAUAGUGAGGGAACAGUCUCAAAAUGAAAAUCUCUAUUUUCUUGGGUUUCUUCUUGAUUUAUUCUUCCUCUGGUGUUCUCCACUCAAUUAAAGGGCGUCUGAACGAUUUGGAUGUGUUGAAGAUCCUACAUGAGUUAUUCCCUCCAUUACGCCCAACUUUACCGCCCAUUGUUAUUUCUCCUAUAACUUAUCCAAAGGAACCUGCUCUAACCGAGAUUCCACCAGUGAAACACACCACAACAAACGCCCAUGAUGGUACAGACCAUUUCGAUAAGAUCGAAACAACGACUCAAGCCCAGGCUACAACAUUUAAACCGGAAGAAUCACCUGAAGAAAAAAUAAACAAAGAAUUGAAACGUGAUGUACUUCAGGCUGUAGCUCAGAUCACCGAUAUACUUCUUCAACUACGUUCAAAAACUCUGACAAUUGUGUCAGCGAUUCUACCAACUAUCGGAUACAUCAUUGACAGACUUUCAACCAAUAUCGAAGUAUUGUAAGAUGUAGUUGCAACAUUUUAGGCAUUAAAAGCAUCAUUUUUACUGAAAACAAUCAAUAAAAUAUUUCGUU